AUGGCCCAAGGAUAUUCACGCGAACGUCUUCUCGAUAUCUUCCACAAAAUCGAUGUAGAUAGGAGUGGAAGCAUUUCCGCUUCUGAACUUCAAAGAGCUCUUUCCAACGGUACAUGGGAACCUUUCAAUAUUAUGACCGUACAGGCUAUGAUCGACCUUUUUAGUCCUAGUUACGCGUCGGAAAUCAAUUUUGAUGGAUUUGUUAGGCUUUGGAAAUUCGUUGAAAAUUGGCAGAACUAUUUCCACGCUGUAGACACAGAUAAGUCGGGGUGUAUCGACCAGGUGGAACUUCAAACGGCUAUCGGCAAUGCGGGCUAUCGUCUCAGUCCCGCAAUGUACUGUUUAAUGAUGAACCGAUUUGAUCGCAAGAAGAAAGGUGUCAUCUAUUUUGAUGAUUUUAUUCACAUGUGCAUAGUACUUCAGAAAUUGACAGAUCAAUUCCGUGACGCAGACCAAGAUCGUGAUGGGUAUAUUCGGAUCGGUUUUGAAGAAUUUUUGGUCCGCGUUUUCACAGCUUUCACUUAA